AUGAGAGCAGCACGUAAACUCUGGGUCAGCCUAGUGACAGCCGGAACCUUUUGUAUACUUGCUGCAAUAGCAACUAACUUAACGGCCAUUAUUUUUCCCCAUUGGAUGGAAUACAGUAAGUCUAACAACGACGUAUACCCCAAUCGUGGAGUCUUCAAGGGUUGUAAAGGGACCUUUGGAAGUGAAUGCCAAGAUAUUUCGAAUCCCUGGCUACUUUACCAUGAUUGCGUUUUACCUUCUGGAGACUGCAAUGAAGCACAACAUAAGCGAACUAAAGUGAUAAGCCGUCUUCGGAUUAUUAAUUGGACAAUUCCUGUGGCUGCUCUUGGGUUAGAAACUAUUUCUUCGUUCGCUUGCAUUGUGUACCUUCUGACUGUUCGAUACUGUAUGAGCAAGCCUAGUGCUCAGAGUGCCCAGUCAUGCCUGGCUGUGUCCGGAUUUCUCAUUUGGAUUUCAGCAAUCGCAACUGCUAUUGGAAUAAUAUCAUUCGAAGGAACAUCAAUUUUCGAGAGUAUUACUACCAAUAUUAAAAUUAACGGAAUGCCCGCAAUGCUCGAUCAGGCAGAGUUGGAAACGUUAACGAGAAAUUACGGUUUCUCAUCAUACCUCAGUUGGGCGAGUUCGGGGCUUGGAGUUGUAGCAAGUUGGCUCUGGAUCUUUGCAUCCUUUGUGCAACCACCACCGCAUAUUUCGAGUCCGUCCAUUUAUGAAGUAACAGCAUCGUCAACUGUACCACUCUAUCCACUGACUGAAAAUCAACAAGAUAAGAAGAAAGGAUACGCAAAUCCAGAUUACUGA